AUGACCAAGACGAGGCUCGUGAUACCAGGACGAGAGGUAGAGGAGAAAGGGAUACCGAGAACAUCGGUAGCGAACGACGAUGACAAUGUCUCUUACCUGGCACACGGUUCCACGAUUAUUGUUUAUUCCACUACGGGUAAAAGUCCGAGCAGCACAGCGCUGGGUUCGCUGGAUCAGCUGAAGGAGUACCUGACAACAGUGGGAACCUGCAAAUGCGGCCUCGAGUGUCCGCUAAGGCCCGAACAGGUCUUCAACUUCGACCCCAAGGUUGCGACACGACCUUGGAGUCCGGAUCAGGGCAAGACGCGGGAGAUGACCAAGCUGUGCAACCAUAAGAGGAAACUUCUGGUGCCAACAACGGCGGCCGGCAGUCCUGUUGCGUCUUGUACAAUGGCGAUCUCCUCCUCGGCGACCGGCGGCUCGGCGGUAACCGCGAUUCACGUGAACGCGGACUCGCCCACCUCGCCAGACAAAGCCAGGAAAGAUGGCCUCAACAAGAAAAAGAAGAGGAAAAUAGGGGGUAUUGGAAACAUUUUCUCCGGUGUCUCGGUCUCGCAACUAAUGGCACAGCGCGAAAGAGCUAUCGUUGCGGCGUCUGGAGUGCAGGGGUCGCCGGUACCAAAUGGAUCGCAGGUGUGGCCUAUUGCGAUUCCCAAUUUACAAGUGCAGCAAAGCAAUCAGCAGCUGUGCCAUCAAACGAUAAACUCGCCUUCGCAAGCGCAAGACAUAAAUGGCUGUGUAACGAGAAGUCCUCAGCAAAGGUUAGGUCAGCAUAAUAUGUCGGGGAUGUUGAUGGGAAAUUCGCUGAUCAUGAAUCAACAGAGUGCUAAUUUUAACAACAUGACUCAGCAGCAACAACAGCUGCUGCAGCAGCAACAUCAACAGCUUAUUUUGCAACAACAGCAACAACAGCAGCAGCAACUUAUGCAACAACAUAUAUCCCAACAGCAGCAGCAGCAGCAGCAACAGCAACCUCAACAGUUGCUGCCUCACCAUCAGCAAAUGCAACACAUGCAGAUUUUACAGCAACACGAACAGCAGCAGCAGCAUCAGGAUACAGUCGUAAAUCAACUGACGCAACAGCAGGCUCCCCAUUACCUUAAUCAAUUAAGUCAGCAACCGUUACACGUGAUGCAACAACAGGAACACUUGAAUCAGCAGCAACAGCAACAGCAAUUGCAUCUGCAACAAAUGCAGAAACACAAGUUGCAACAGCAGCAACAACAACAGCAACAACAGCAGCAUUUGGUUCAAGAAGUUGAUCAACAAUCGGGCAACUACAAUCCUCAGCAUUCGUCGGAGAAUUAUGUGCAUCACAUGCAAUCGUCGCAAGUAACGGCCCAGUCUGCUCUUCAUUCGCAGUUGCACCAAAUUCAUCAGCAUCAGCUGCAGCACCAAACGCAGCAGCAUCAGCCUAAUCAACACGUGAUGCAGGCGCAACCAACGGAUCAGUUUCAAAUGCAAAUACAGCAACUGCAGCCGCAACAGCAGCAUCAGCACCAACAACCAGUACCUCAGGUGUGCGUGCAAUCUCAGUAUCCUAAUCAACAGUUGAAUCAUCAUUCGUUGGACGUGAUGCAGCAACAAACUCCUCCUGCUUCUAUGAUGAGCGCCGCUGACAUGCAGAACAGGCACAAUCGUACUCCGUCUGUGACGGAUGAAGAUUUGAACGCGAAACAAAUGCAACAACAGCAGCAGCAGCAGCAGCAACAACAACAACAGCAGCAGCAACAACAACAGCAACAGCAGCAGCAACAGCUUCUGUUGCACAAUCACGCGAUACAGCGUCACCAUAUCGUACAAAAUGGAAACUUACAGAACAACUCGCACGAAAGUAUGCAACGAAUGUACGUUCAGAAUCAGGUUCAGUAUCCUGCGAGGAAUUUCGACAGUUCGAAAGGAACUGUCGUCGAUGUUAAACAUCAACAACAAUACGCUUUACCUAACGUAGCGGGAAGAAGCCCGAAUACCAAUCACGCUGUCGAAGCGCAGUCUGGAAUGGGACCAAACGGACAACCCGGUAACGUGCAUUUCAAUUCGAGGACGCCACCUUGGCAGCAGAAUCGGUCAGCCUCGAGCACUCAUCAGCCUUCCCUCGUCACGGUUCAAAACAUCACUUGCAACUCCUUCGAUCGUGUCCCGCCUCUGCAUCAUCACAUUCCACAAACGUCCACAUGGACCGACGAAGUGGCACGGAAGAAGGCAAAGUCGAGCAAAAUAAUGGUGAAGAAACAGCGACAGCACAGCGUUACGGACAAUGUUCGGAGCAACAGCCUCGAUCAGUCGGCCUCCAGUCCGGUCGACGAGUUCAACGAGAAGAAUCAACAGAACAGUAAUCAAAUAGGCUCGACCGUGAACAGCAGCGGGCCGUCGUUUCUGGAGGAUCCGAGUGGUUACCUGGCGCAGCAGACCGCUCUGUUGAACAGCACGAUAUCGAGGCAGACCGGUGUCAGUAGCUCUCAGGUGGGAAUGGUGAAUAAUUCGAAAACACCGCAGACGAGUCACGGAUCGCAUUUGCCUAGCAACGCUUAUCUUCCGCAACCAAAGCCUUCCUCCGGCGCCAGCCCCACGAGUACGUCGACGUUCAACUCGGUGAAGAAUCACGCCACCUCGCCCGUCGUUGUGCACAGUAGCAUGACACCCACUUCGAGCAGCGGCGGAACAGAUUCGGAGAGUAGUCCCUGCCAGGGCUGCGUCACCAGUGCCGACACUCAGUCGUACGCGCAGGAUCAGUAUAAACAACAGAUGCAACGUCAGUACCUGAUGCAUUCCGAUCAACGCGAGGAUCCUGUCACGUCGUCCACGUUCGGCGAACAGUAUCAGAACAGUCAGCAGCAAGCAGAUUCGAGACCGAUCCAGGGAGGUACCGUGAGUACCAGUCACGGAUCCCCGAUCGGUACGAACAGUCCAGCGAACUCGGACACGCCAGCUUCGUCGACACCCGGGAUAUCGCAGCCGGCGACGCCACAGAGUCUCAUCUCGUCGCAGCCGUCGACGCCGCACAGUUACUCGCAACCACCGACACCUCUGUCGCAUUCCGCGUCCGGUCAGGUGCCGUCGGGUCAACCGUUAACGCCUCAGGCUCAGCAACCCUCGCAGUCCUCGGUGAGCAACGUUGCGUCGGAGCAACGCGCGGAAACGCCCUGUUCUGCCGCAACGAGCUCGAACGCAGUUCCUUCUAGCGCGGCGUCGUCGCAAGCAUCCACCUCCGGCUCGGAAAGUCCCAUGAUCGCGAAGAGGCAGACAACGAGACAGUCGUCGUUGGACGGUUACCAGCCACAUCCGCACACUGUAAACGCGGUCUCGAGAGUACCGAUGAAUCAUUUCGCUGGCACCUCGUCGGUGAUAACGACGAUGGCGAGCGGGCACACGGUUAGCAGUAACACCAUCACGUCGGUGCUGGCUGGAAGAGCGAACACCGCCACGGUUUCGAUAAACACACCUUCCGGGAUACCGAAUCCCGCUAUACCAGACAUACUCUCGAACAAGCCGCAACAUCAAGCGUCCUCCACUACCUUGACAAACAUACCAACCACCGUCGUUGCCACGACCUCGCUUCCGAAUAGUCAGCCAUCGAUAGCGAUAAGCGUGUCGAAAUCGCCGUUGGAGAUGGUUCAAAGCGUCGUCAGUAGUAUACAGGUGCCUCAGGCCAGUACCAAUUCACCAACGGUCCAACCUCAGAGCCAGCAACAGCAGCAGCAGCAGCAGCAGCAACAACAACAACAACAACCGGCGCAACAACAUCCUCAGUCCAACGUUCAAGUUCAUAACGUUCUUACGUCCGGUGGGAUAUUGAAACAUCCUGCUGGCUCGACCUUGCCUCCUGGUCACAUAUUGGUGUCGAACGGUGGCCAGCUUAUAAUGGCCAGCACGGGAUCGGGGAUCAACGGCGUGAUGGCGCCACCUCCUCCGAAAAUCAUUUCCAACUCGAACUCGAUGCCGCCGUUGUCGGUGUCGCCUAUGGUCACCAGCGUGACAGGAGCUGUCAGCCAGGUGAUCCCUGCGGUGGGCGUAGCUCAGCAAGUCAUUGGCCAGCCCACGGUGCUCGUCAACACGAUUCAGACACCCGUGCUGAUACAACCGAGCGUCAUGACGAUGGACAGCAUAGGCCAGAACGUUCAAAUACCGCAUCUAACGGUCGCGACCGGGAACGUGAUACAGAAUGCCCAGUCGAUUCUGGACGCGAAUCAGGACGUCGCGAGGAACGUGAGCGCGAGCCAGGGAAUGGUGAAUCGGCAGCCGGCGUUGCUGUCGCCGGAGUCGGCGAUGAGCAAGAAGAAAGCGUACAAGAAGCGAAAGGCGAACCCGCAGACGGUGGCCUCGAUGUUGCACAUCGCCUCGUCCCAACAGAACGCUGGCAUGCUGAUGCAGUCGCAGUCGAACUUUGCCCAGCAGAACUUCCAGACCCAGAGCAUAGGCGGCCCGAUGUUGCAGGCGUUGACGAUCGUCCCUGGCAAGGGCGGUGCACCGGCACAAUUGGUAAUGAACGGCCAGGCUGGCGCGACGUCCGCUCAGUUCAACGCCCAGCAAAUCAUCGCGAAUCCUCAACCGGCUCAGCAAAUCAAUCUUCUGCAGCCGGUGAAUCUUUUGAACGGGGCGGCCGGUAUGGUCCAAAAUUUCCCCACGAUCCAGCAGUUCAUCGUCCCUGGCAUAGGAAGUAUGGUGAUGUCCGCCGACGGGACAGCGACCUUGCUGCAGGAUACAGGAAACAUCGGCAUGCAGUUGCAGAUACAGAACGUGAACGGCCAGAACGUGUUGACGCCGGUGCAGAGCCACGGCGGUAUAUUCAAUCCGAGUCAGAGCAUUCUGGCAGCUGGUCCUGCCGGGAUGGUGAUUCGGGCGCCGCAGGCAACCGGCGGCAAGAUCAUUCAACAGCACAGCCCCGGCGCGCAGUUCCUCUCGCCGAACAGCGGCCAAUUCCUGGUGAACGGGACGACGUCGUUUGGGAAUCAACUGAGCCCGAUAGUGGCGAACGUCAGCCCGAACCAGCAGGUGACGUUCAACGCCUCGCAGGUCCGACCUACGAACAUGCAGGGUCAGCAGGAGUUCAUACAGAUGAACGGGCAGACGUUGAUGGUGCCUUGCGGGACCACGCAGAACAUCGCUGUCUCGUCGGCGCCCAAUCAGCAAAACACCACGUUCGUCCAGCAGAACACGACGAUCGUGCAGCAACAAACGACCAUGGUGUCGAACAAUCAGAUACCAAACUUUCAAGCCGCUGCUUCGAACGGUACCGCCGUCGACCCGUCGCUCAACAUCGAUCACAAUCAGUCGUACAUACUGAGCUCCGGGAUGAUUCAGGGAAAAGCGCCCACGUCGCCGAAGAGCAGCGUGAACUCACCGUCCUCGGAGCAGAACGUCGAGCAGCAGCAGUACGUUCUCGCCAGCAGCAGCACGACCGUUCUCGAGAAAACGGCUCAACAGAGCGAUCAACACAGCCCGCUGAUGGCGCGACACUCCGUUUCCACUCAAACGGCCGCGAAUCAAGCGAACAUGGCUCAGUCGGCCAUGAUGAGGCAAGGAUCGCCGCCGGACACCACCACGCACAGCCCGGGGAACAGCCAGAGGUCGAACAGCCCCGCCGUGGACACCACGACGCACGGAGCGGCCUCGCCCGCGCCGCCCAUCACUGCUAGACAUCACUCGUCGUCCACGCCGAUGGUUCAUUGCGUGUCGAGCAGCGAACCGGACUCGGGCGACGUGCCGGUGGCCUCGGAAGAUUGGAGGAUUCAGGGUAUCACGACGAAAGAGAUUACGCUUAGUCAGCCGGGUCUUCACGGAAAGACGUACGUGGAGUCGACGGUGACUACUGGGAUCCAGGUUGGUACCCAUGUAGAGCAGGUCAACCGUCAUCUAACUCUAACAGACAUGCACCAGCCAGCCGAUACGACACACCCUGAAAACACAUACGCUGACUCACAGGAAUAUAUGGAUACAUCAUCACCAAAUCAUUCCAUAUAUUCAGACACAAUGGACCGUUCACCUGUCGAAGAUCACCCAAGAAACGUCACUAAAGAAAUGACAGACGUCUCUUACACAGAGGUCGACGUUAACACGUUGCCGGUCGUAGGUCACGGUCAUUACCAGCCGAUCCUCUAUCAUAGUCAACAUUGUGCUCCCAAUACGAACGUUUAUCGACAGCAAGCGUUAGUGCCAGAUCGUGCGCAUUACGCCGACGUAAUGAAAUUCGAUUCGAAGCCCUGCGGCGAGACCGAUCGGAUCAUGGAGGUCUCGCACGUUUCGCAGCGGGACGACGGAGCCGAUCAAAAUUCGGUGGAGAGGUGUUUGGAGAAUCAGGACGUUGGCAUUUCGUACUGUCCGCAGGCCGAGAGUUAUCAGAAAUUUGUAAAUAUCGGCGUCGCUGCGCCGGCGGGUCUCUAUCCACACUUGUACAAUUAUAAGUCUGAUCCUAACGGCAUUGCUGUCGUGAACUACUCGCCCAGUAAACAGGCCUAUAUAAACCCAUACAUUUACAAUCAGUUCGUCUAUGCGCAAGAGGUUGACGACGGUGAGGAGACCGACUCGUCGUCGGACGAUUGAGCAUCUUUCUUUCGCAUCGGGCUCGAUUCGUUAAUUUCUGUACAUUCUUUCCAAUUUCCAACCAGUGGCAUUCCCUUCUCCGCAAGGGCACAAGUACUACGCGUGUUUCACAUCUAUGAAUAAUAUUAAGUUUUGUAAUUAAUUUGUAUUUAACGUUAUUCUGUUUUACGUGUUGACGUUUCCACGGUGGCCGAGCCACGCUCGGCUCCCGUUUAUUUUUCUUCAUUUUCCUUUUUUUUUUUUUAUUAGCAUU